AAGAACUUACUGACGAGCCGGUAGGGAGGAGCUUAUCGUCUUGCAUUCAUGAACGGAUGUUAGUCGAGCUACUGAAUGUAUAGUAAGCACACAGUUUAGUUGCACUAUGGCGGAAGAAGAUGAUCCGGUGAUUCGGACUUUACAGAGCCUCAGGGGAAAAAUUUGUGAAGCAAAGAACUUGCUUCCAUACCCUGGACCCAACAAGAUGAGAGAUUGUUUCUGUACAGUAAGCCUGGACCAAGAGGAGGUCUUCCGCACCAAGGUUUUUGAAAAAAGUUUAAGCCCCUUCUAUGGAGAAGACUUUUACUUUGAGAUCCCAAGAACUUUUCAGUAUUUAUCCUUUUACGUUUAUGCUAAGGGAUUUAUGCAAAGGGAUUUGCCAAUAGGUAAAGUUGCAAUUAGAAAGGAAGAUCUCAGUAAAUACAGUGGGAAAGAACACUGGUUUAGUUUGCAAUCUGUGGAUCCGAACUCUGAAGUACAGGGCAAGGUUCACAUUGAGAUGAAACUCAACGAACUUAUAACGGAUAAUGGAUCUGUGUGUCAGCAGCUUGUAGUGCGAAUAAUUGAGUGCCAAGGCUUGCCACUGAUAAAUGGUCAAAGCUGUGACCCGUACGCAACUGUGUCUCUUGUUGGACCUUCUAGGUCGGAUCAGAAGAAGACCAAGGUGAAGAAGAAGACAAGCAGCCCGCAGUUUGAUGAAACGUUUCAUUUUGAGGUGACAAGAUCCAGCAGCUACACAAAAAAGUCACAAUUCCAGGUUGAAGAAGAGGACAUUGAAAAGCUUGAAAUUAAGGUGGACCUGUGGAACAAUGGGAACCUUGCACAAGAUGUUUUUCUGGGAGAGACCAAGGUAUCGGUGAAGGUUUUAAGAAAUGAUUCGUCUCAUCAGGCUUGGUAUUUGUUACAGCCGAAGGACAAUGGCAACAAGACCUCAAAAACCGAUGACUUGGGCUCCCUGCGAGUAAAUCUAACCUACACAGAAGACCACGUCCUUCCAUCAAACUACUACAUUUCUCUGAGAGAUCUGCUGCUCAAAUCACCAGAUUUUAAGCCUAUCUCUGCCUCCGCUGCUCACGUUCUGUGCGACAUCUGCCGAGAGCGAUACGAGGCAGUGCUGCCUGUGGUACGGCUGUUAUUGCAUUACAGUAAACUGGUUCCUUUUGUAACUGCCGUAGCUGAGCUGGAGCUUGAGCAGACACAAGAGGCCAAUACAAUUUUCAGAGGAAACUCCCUGGCUACUCGUUGCCUGGAUGACAUGAUGAAGAUCGUUGGGAAACGAUACCUGACCGUAACUCUGAAGCCUGUUUUAGAUGAGAUCUGUGAAUCCAACAAACCAUGUGAAAUCGAUCCUAUAAAACUGAAAGAAGGGGACAACGUAGAAGUAAAUAAGGAGAAUCUGCAUCAGUACGUGCAGAAAGUCUUCAAUUCCAUUGUGCAUUCAAGUAUGAGCUGCCCUACCCUGAUGUGUGACGUGUUUAAUGCUUUGAGACAAAUGGCAACAAAACGCUUUCCUGAUGACCCCCAUGUGAAGUACUCAGCAGUGAGCAGCUUUGUGUUUCUGCGGUUCUAUGCAGUGGCUGUGUUAUCUCCUCACAGUUUCCAUCUCCGAUCUCAUCAUCCAGAUGCACAGAUGUCUCGAACAUUAACACUCAUUUCCAAAACUAUUCAAACAUUAGGAAGUUGGGGCAGUUUAUCCAAAAACAAACUGUCAAGUUUUAAGGAGACCUAUAUGUAUGAUUUCUUCAAAUCCUUCCAAGAAGAAAAAUGUAUAGAAGAAGUUAAAAGGUUUUUAGAUGAAAUUUCCUCAACAGGAAGUAAAGAGUCCAGUGGUGUAGAAGAGUCUUUGAUUCUUAAAGAAGGUGAAGUACAUAAAAGAGCUCAGGGAAGGAAACGACUUGGCAAAAAAAACUUUAAGAAGCGCUGGCUCCGUUUGACCACCAGAGAGCUCUCCUAUCACAAGCAACCAGGCAAAGAAGCAUUGUGCACAAUUCCCAUCAAAAACAUUCUGGCAGUGGAGAAACUUGACGAGACUGCAUUUAAUAGAAAAAAUAUGUUCCAGGUAAUUUAUACUGAGAAACUGCUUUACGUUCAAGCAAAUAACUGUGUGGAGGCCAGCGAGUGGGUGGAGAUUCUCAGCCGGGUCAGUCGCUGUAAUCAGGACAGACUGAGUUCUUACCAUACCUCAGCCUAUCUCUGUGGAAACUGGCUCUGUUGCAAGGCCACUUCUGAGACACAUGCUGGCUGCAAGCCAUGUACCGCGACCAUGCCGGCAAAUAUCCAGCUUGAUAUUGAUUGUGACCGAGAAACUGAGAGGAUCUAUUCAUUAUUCACAUCAAACAGUUUAAAACUACAGAAGUUGGAAGAGGCCUGUGCAAGUAUAGCGGUGUACCAAGGUCCUCAAAAGGAGCAAGACGAUUAUUCCCAUUUUACAAUCGAGGAUUCAAGGGAAACCUUCAAUACGGUUAAACACAUCCGGGAAGUUACGGAAAAGCUUCUAGAACAUCAUGAGACUUUCCAAAAGAAAAGAUCAACCAGCACUAAAUAUGGCAGCGAGGACAAUCCAAUUGUAGGAAAGGCAUCGCAACACCAAUGAAGACAGCAUGGAAAAGCUUUUCGAGAACUGGAAUUCUACAAUUUGUAAAUGUCACGCAUUGAGAUACUAAACACUGGAAUUGCACUGAAACUGCAGGUACCAUUCAGAAGAACACACAUUCAUUUGUGUUAAUGCAAUACAAAUAUCUGGAACAAAUACAAUUAGUGAAUUUUACUUUACUCCAUUUAAAAGUUGUGUGUCCCCCUUUUUUUAUUUCACGGACUUAAAUAAAUAAACAUAAUUUUGUACAGAAUGCUAGAGAAUAACUUCAAGAACAUUUCGAAAUACGAAUAAGCGACCUUUCAAAUGCUGCUAAUAUCAUUUAUAUUUCUUAUUGUAAUUUAAAUAUGCCAGUAAUUCUAAAAUUAUGAAGCCACUUUUUUAUUUUACUUUUUAAUGGUGAUAUCUCAUUAAAAUUUUCAAAAAGGGAAUAUUAUAGCUUUGGAUGAACAGCAUGUGUGGUAUUGAAACUCCAGUGUGUAGGCAUGCAUUUAACACAUACAGUUUUGAUGGAAAGAAAGACUAAUUUGCCUUAUUUGUGUUUUAUUAAUGUAUUUAAAUGUUUUUCUUGUCUUGCAUGUAAAUGAUAUCCUGUAAAAGAAAAAUCACAUACAAGCACUUUGCAAAUUUGGAAUAUUCCAGAUACAAUUUCUUAGAUACUUUUAGUAUCCAUUUAUUACAUUUUGAUCA